AGUCGUCUCCAGCCGGAUUAAAGUUGGGGUUCUUGUUUAAACUGAGGUGACAUUCACGUCACAUAAAAGCCGCCAGCUGAACCGUUUGGAAGUGUCCAGUCCAGCUGCAUUUAGCAGUUCACGGUGUCGUGCCACCAUCACCUGGAUCUAGUUCCUGGACAUCUUCCACCCCAGGAGGAGACCCCGUGCCUGAGCACCCACUCCUGCCCCGGCCCCUGGACCACCACACCCAUCCUGCUGUCUCUGUGAUUUGCCUGCUCUGGACGUUUCUUCUUCUACAUCGUCUUUUGUGACUGGCUCCUUCACUGAGAUGUUUUCCAGGUUUAUCCACGUUGUCGCAUGUUUUAGAGCUCCAUCCCUUUUGGGGCCCAAUCCUGCUGCCCUGUGGGGACCGACCACAUUUUAUCUGUCACAGACACUGGGAUGUCUCCACCCUUCGGCUGCUGGGGACAGAGGUGCUGUGGACGCUGUCCAUGUUUUCGUUUGUGCGCCUGUCUUCAGUGAUUUACUGAAGUUUCAGAUAAGAAAACGGAGGCUCCCAAGCCCAGGCUGUGCCCUGGAGCAGCGAGCACCUCCUGGGGGCCUGCAGCCCCGCCAGCCAGGCCAGGCCAGGCCCGUGCCAAGAAGCCUGGGCGCCUGGAAACCGGAGAAGCCAGGCGGCUUGUCCGCUCGUUGCCCUGGAGAUGCGAGGGGAGCUGCCUCCUUGUCUCAGUGCCAGGACCUCGCCGGCCCCUCUACAGCCGCCUCCAGCCAGACACGGCUCCGGUCAUUAAAUAGGGCAAUUGUGGUGCCGGCUCCACGGACCCCAUCCUGGACCAGGCUGGCGCAGCGAUCGUGCCUUGCAGCAGGCGGGCGGCAGGCUUCCCGGACCGUGGCUACGCCAGCCUCCUGCAGCCCGGCCCCUCACCAGGCCCCCGCCAGCUCUCACCACGCCAGGGAGCAGGAAGCAGGAAGCACCGCCCAUUUUCCGGUGGGGAAACUGACACACCAGCCGUUUCCCGGUUGAGCCUGCGACCUAGAUGUUCAGGCUAGCAUCCCUUCCACAGCACCACACACCUGCAGAGGCUGCCUGAAGCAUCUCAGGAAAUCCAUUUGUGGCACGAUGGUCGGAAGCUUCUCAGGCCUCCUGAAUGGGAAAGCCUUGUUCCUCCUGGUUGCCUGGCUUAUUUUUCUUGCAUGGGCGGUGCCUUGGGUACAUUGCAAUGGAAUGUGUUUCCCUUUUUGCCUUGGCCCCUAGGAAGCCCAGAGUCAAACAAUCGUCUGUUUUUAGCUGUAUGACACCAUGGUACACACUUCUGAAUCCUGGCCUUACUGAUGGCUUCUCUCCAUAUUCACUCAGUUGGGUGUUAUUUUGUUCUUAUUAUUUCAGAUCCUUUGGGGAAUGAUGUGACUGAAGUUCAGAGAAGGGGGGUGAAUCUGGUGUUGCUGGGCCUCUGUGGGGCCCACUUGCUAAAUGCCAUCCCUAGGGCUCUGUGCAGCGUCCAUCGGGGACUGGCACCAGGGUGGGUGCUUUGACAGGAGGGGUGCUUGGUGUUGCUGGUGAUGGUGGGGGACCCACUCUGUGGCUUGAUUCACGGCAGCUCCCAGGGGAACCACAGAGAAACUGUGGGGUGAUUACGUCCAGGGUCAGCAAACAGAUUUCAUUUAUUUUGCCAUUUUUGAUGGAGAAUGGCCUCCUGGAGCACUGUGUUAAGAAGUAUUCUGUGGGGGCUUCCCUGGUGGUGCAGUGGUUAAGAAUCCGCCUGC